AUGCAGCCCAAUACAGUUGCCCCGGAGGGAGAAAGCCCGGCCGAUAGUCUCACAAACUACCUAUGUGGCUUUGCCAAGAUAAAACUCCGACACCUAUCUGGAGAAUAUCGGAAGAAGAACAUGCUAAGGUUUAAGAGAGCUUUGGUGGGAGGCCAAUGCUCUCUGCUCGAUCUAGAGCACUAUAUCACCGCCCUGAUUGACAUGAAUACGCUCAAUAAGGGUUUGGAAAAAUCGGGCAUAAAUGCUUCCACAUUGCUUGAUGCAAUCGAUCCACCACAUCUUUCUCUGGAGGAUGCCGUCGUCCUCGCGUGUUUACGAGGACGAGAUCUCCUGGAGGCAGCUAGGCGCGUACUACCGCCGGGCCGAAGGUGGGUGGUUGUAAAACUAUAUGUUGACAGUAUGUCCUCUCAUGCUAGCUUGAGUCCGAGUCCUAAUCGCUACUCUGAAGGUCUUCCUGUCAAUUUACGAACCGAAAUCGCUGAAAGUUUCUCCUAUGUUGACGGAGUAUCUAAUGUGGAGAUUUUCGGAUCCCUUCUACGUGACUUUUCUGGUAUGGAGUCAACUUUCUGGCGCAGCAGACUGCCUUCCGAUUCGGAUUUCCAGUAUGUCCAAAGAGUCGCUCGGACCCCCGAGUUACGGGAAUCGUUCAUGGCUCUGAUUCCAUUUCCGGGGCUUUGGAGCACGUUUACUUUUCGCAAGCUAGAGCAUGUUGUGUCCCCUCGGUGUGAUGAGGUUAGACGCCGCCAUGUUCCCAGCCUGUUUAUUCAUUACUUUGACUGGAAUCCCGCUGAGUGA